AUGGAUAUACAAGGUUUUUCUCAAACGUAUUGGUAUAUCUGGUUCAUUAUAGUUCUAUUUAUUGUAUCUCUUGUGUUAGUCAAUGGUGUUGGCGUUUAUCUUUAUCGUAAAAAGCGACGAAAGUUUCUUCAACAAACCAAUCGAAUCGACAACGAGAUUCCGAUGCGAACGUCGUUGAACUCAACAUCAUUCAAGCUGAGUAAUCCGAGUUAUGGAUCUAUGUCGACAUUAUCUAUUGGAAAACGUCCUUCCAGGUGUACUAAUAGUAAAGUGCACCCUUCACGGGAUGUGAAAAUUUCAACAAUUCAUGAAACUGUGCGAAGUGAUCAAUCAGAUUCAUCGUUCUCAUCCUCGGAUGAAGUACAGUUGAGUUUAGAAGAAUUUCAACGACAAGCAUUGAAAGAACACAACAAUAUCCGAACUAUUCAUAAUAAACCAUUGAUGAAAUUAGAUCAAUCUUUGAAUCUUUACGCACAGUAUUGGGCUGAACGAUGUGCUCGAGCGAAUGUGGUCAUACCUUCGAAACUCGAUUGGCGUAUGCAUUGUAAGGGAGAACUUCUCGAUGAAAGUCUCGUUUCCAUAAAUUCGACUGAAAUUCUUGAUGGAUCACGAUUUACUUAUUUACUAAUGUCAAAAGGCAAUCAAUCACAUGAAGUUGAUUGUAUAUUAAAUGAAUUAAGUACCGAAGUUGGUUUCGGUCGUGCGAAAAGUCAUCCGAAUGAUCAGACACAAACAUCACAAUGGAUUGGUGUCGCUCAUUAUUAUCCGUGUCGUCAAUUAACGACAGUGCAAUCUUAG